GCGAGCCUGAUUCCGGUUGCAGGGCCCGCAAUCAAAUGUGGGGGCCAUGCCAGACCCACAACAAAACUUUGCGCUCGAAUCGACAUCUCUUCACGACGGAUUUUGGUGAUUGUCUUCUUUCUAACUAUUGGUAUUCCAUAGUCAAGUUGUUUGUAUGAAUCCAUUUUCCAUCCCAAGUAACAAUGUGUCUAAUAAACGAUCAUCUGUCAGUAGAGUAAGGAGUUGUUUACAUAACUCUAUUCGACCACUUAUGAGACACAUUCUUUGAAAACAAAGUUGAAUAAGAUAUAGUUAUCUUAGCAAAGUGUAUGUCAUUAUUCCGUAUCAACAGCAGAUUCUGAUUAAAAUACUGACGAAUCAUUUGUACUUUGAACCAUUACAACCAAUUAGUUUAUUCAGUUUUUUUCUUUAAAAUAAUUGAUUACCUUUUGUAGUAGUAUUAUUGUCGGAAUAGCUAUAAUUAAUCUCAUCAUUAUAUCGUUUAUAUUCAAUUCCCAGAUUAUUAAAAGUUGAAAAUAUUGAAAUAAGAACAGUUUUCCUGGCUUCUAGUUUUUAGUACGUGUAUUGCAUAUUAUCCCACGAUCGAGUUGGAUCUUACCUAUAUUAAUUUUUGAAAUAACAUCACGAUCUUAUCGUUAAUCGCGGAAGUGAUGUACAGUUUCUAUUAUCAUUUAUAAGAAUUCUUCAACCAAUUAUUUAUUAAUUCUUGAAAUCAUUAGAUUGAUGUACCUACAUGUUGCUUGAUAACUAUGUCAGUGCAGAUUGUAUCCAUAUUUUAUUUGUUAACUGUGAUUUCGGUUAUUGCCAUUGAAAAUGAAUUCUGUCGAUAUUCUUGUCCAGGACACAAGGAGGUAUACAUGAAUACCAUUUGUAUGAGGGAAGCACUGAGAUGUGGAGGUGGGGUUACAUGUGGACCUGAUUUUAAAGAACUUAUUCUAACUAAUGCUGAGAGACAAUACAUUCUGGAUUGGCACAAUUAUUUGAGAAAUAGAGUAGCAAUGGGAAAGGAGCGUAGAGGGGGAGAACAGCCAUCUGCAUCUAACAUGAAUACUUUAGUUUAUAAUAAGGAACUGGAAUUUAUGGCGCAAUGUUGGAUCAACGAAUGUCAUGAAUCUAUUUUAGUUCAUGACAAAUGUAGAAGAACUAAGAAGUUUUCAUGGGUUGGACAAAAUUUGGCUUACGUAGGAAGUACUGCUCCGAAUGAAUUAAGCAAUAGAGGAUCAAUGAUCAAAAAAUUAAUACUGGGUUGGUACGACGAAGUGGCAUUAUUUAACAAAACCUGGGUUUCCGAUCACCAGGAAAGAUUAGUAAAUAUAGGACAUUAUACUGCAAUGAUCUGGGCGGAUACCAAAAACGUAGGAUGUGGUAUGUCUUACUACUCUUAUAAGGAAAGUAAUAAGACUUGGUAUAUCCUUAAAUUGGGAUGUAAUUAUGGCCCUGGUGGUAACUAUUUAGGACGACCGUUGUACAAAAUUGGAAAACCAGCUACGAAAUGUCCGGGAAAAAAAGUGAACAGAAGAUUCCCUGGAUUAUGUGGAGUUGAUAUAUCUGUUAAUCAAACUAAGGGCUAUGAAAACAUAUUAUUCGAUUUUCGUGUUUGAGAAUAGUUAGGACUUUGGUAUUAGUCCAGUGCAUUUCAUUAUAGAAAUAAUAUACUUUCAUUUCAAUAAAAUAAAAUGAAUAUUUA